CAAAAGGCUCGCCUGCUAACUGAAAGGUUGGAAGUAUGAGUCCACAUAAACGCGCCUAGGAAGAAAGUCCUAGUGAUCUACUUACAAAAAACUCAGGUGUUGAAAAGUCUGUGGAGCCCAGUUCUAAUCUGACACAUAAGUGGUCGCCAUGAGUUAUAAUUGACUCUAGCGCAACUGCUUGUAUUUUGUUUAUUUCGUGUGAAGCAUGUAGUUUUGUAAACAGAGUUAGUGGGGAGUAUAUUCAGAGUAACAAAUGUUUGGGGGUUUUCUCUUGUUGUACUCGGUUUAUUCUUGAGUUAGCUGCGACGUAAGAGAGAGUGCCCCACAUGGGCAUCAGAGGUUCUCACUCAAAUCCCAGUUCCGCCACACAUGAGCCGUGUGAUACUCGAAGGCCGUUCUCUCAGUGUCUUCCUUUUCGUUUGAAAAAUGAAAAAAUGAAUUUCUACCUUGCACUGGUUUGGGUGGAGGGUGGGCUUUAAUGGGAAAAGGUAUGUACUGAAACAGAUAAAUUACAAGGUGUGUGAGUUAUGCUAGGUACUGUAUUUUAUGUUCAGAUAGGGGAAUUAUUACUAUGAUACAUUAAAAAGUUCAAAAGUCUUCCAUUUUCAAGGUCAAAGUCUUCUAAUAUUUCAAAAAAAUCAUUGCAGGACAUUUUUAUACUCAAGGCUUAGAAUACACUGACUCCCUCAGUACUUAAAUUUCCAACUUGCCAUCAGUCUGAGAAUCCAGAGUGCCUGGAAUACUUUUUAUCAAAUCAUUUACUUCAAUAUUUUUCAAUCCUGGCUUUAGAUUGGAAUCACAAGUGGUGUUUUGUUAAUUUUUUUUUUUUAACCAGUACCUGGGCUUGACCCUAUGCCUGUUGAAUCCAAACCUCCAGGGUGGGGCCUUGUCUUUGGAAAGAAAGACAGCAACGCUAAAUGACAAUUUAUUUUUAUCUCUAUCAGUGAGCCAAAGUCUACUCAGAAAGAAUUACAGCAAAUCUAUCUGAUUGGUCACUUUAUUUAUAAGAAUCACAAGUUAUGCAAUAGGGAGCAUAUAAAAUCUUUGGGUGGGAAGCCCAUAGUUGCCUGAGUAAGAAGAGAAGGCUCCAAUGGAUCCGUUUGUGAUUCUGGUGCUCUGUCUGUCCAGUUUGCUUCUCUUUUCACUCUGGAAACAGAGCUAUGGGAAAAGGAAGCUCCCGCCUGGCCCCACUCCUCUCCCGAUUAUUGGAAAUAUGCUACAGUUAGAUAUGAGGAACAUCAAGAAAUCCAUGCAAAAUCUCUCAGAAGCCUAUGGCCCAGUGUUCACUCUGUAUAUUGGCAUGAAGCCCGCAGUGGUGUUGCAUGGGUAUGAAGCAAUUAAGGAAGCCCUGAUUGAUAUGGGAGAAGAGUUUUCGGGAAGAGGUCAUUUUCCACUGUCUGAAAGAUCUAAGAAAGGAUUUGGGGUCGCUUUCAGCAAUGGAAAGAUGUGGAAGGAGACCAGGCGCUUCUCACUCAUGACCCUGCGGAAUUUGGGGAUGGGGAAGAGGCGCCUUGAGGACCGAGUUCAGGAGGAAGCCAGCUGCCUAGUGGAGGAGUUGAGAAAAACGAAGGCCUUGCCCUGUGAUCCCACUUUCAUCACGGUUUAUGCUCCCUGCAAUGUGAUGUGCUCCGUUAUUUUCCAGAAUCGUUUUGAUUAUAAUGAUCAGAAUUUUCUUAAUUUGGUUAAAAAAUCAACUGAAAACGUCAAGAUUCUGAGCUCCCCUUGGAUUCAGGUCUGUAAUGCAUUCCCUUUGCUCAUUGAUUAUUUCCCAGGGAGUCAUAAGAAAUAUAUUAAGAAUGAUGCUAAUGUAAAAAGUUAUAUUUUGGAGAAAGUGAAAGAACACCAAGAAAGCUUGGACAUUAACAAUCCUCGGGACUUUAUUGAUUGUUUCCUGAUCAAAAUGGAACAGGAAAAGCAUACUCAGCAGUCUGAAUACAGUGUUGAAAAUUUGUUGAACACAGUACAUGAUCUGCUUGGAGCAGCGUCACAGACAACAAGCACCACCUUGAGAUACGGACUUCUGCUUCUGCUAAAGCACCCAGAGGUCACAGCUAAAGUCCAGGAAGAGAUUGACCACGUGGUUGGCCAAAACCGGAGCCCCUGCAUGCAGGACAGGAGCAGCAUGCCCUACACGGAUGCCGUAGUGCACGAGAUCCAGAGAUACACUGACCUCCUCCCCAUGUCCCUGCCCCGCAGGGUGACCCGUGACAUUAAAUUCAGGAACUGCCUCAUCCCCAAGGUAAGGUUUGUUUCUUCAAGUUCUCUUAAAGUUCCCAUAUUCACAGUAUGAUUUCAAUCUUCGACAAACUCGGGUUGAGAAAAGUGCAAAUAUCACAAGUGUUGUAUCCAGUUUGGGGCUACAUGCUUUAUUGCAGGCCUUGAGAUCCGGCAGUGUAAGUCUUACAAAUUUGUUCUGCUUCUUUAGGAUUGCUUAGGUUUCUCCUUCCUGUUUACAUGGCCAGAUGAAUUUUAGUAUCAGUUAUAGUCAAUUUCCCAAAACAUUUCACUGGGAUUUUAAUUAGCGUGACUUUAAAUUUGUAGAUCAAAUUGGAAAGAAUUGACAUGUUGAAUCUCUCAAUUCAUGAAUAUGGUAUAUGCUACCAAUCUAUUUGGGCGUUCUUUACUUUUCUCAAUAAUGCUUUGUUUUCAGUGCAGUGGCUUGCACAUCUUUUGUUAGCAGCUUUCCAAGGCCUUCUGACACAUGGUGCCUACUUGCUCAAGCUACUCCAUCCCACUUGAAGCCAUCACAU